UAUAUGUGCCACAUGCUACGGGAAGGAAUGUCUUUGUGAGGGGAGUUAAAAAGCCAACGAAGAGAGAGAAAGGAGGAGGAAGAGGAGGAGUGAGGACACACAGUGGGAAGGCUUUCAGCCAAGGCUGCAGCGUGGCUCCAUGUGGAAAUGAAAGAACCUCUCACACUUUUUCUGCUGUCUCUCCCUAUGCAUGGCUUUCACUCACUGCAGCAAGUGAGAGCGUCCAGAGCAAACAUAGGGAGAGUCUCAAGAUGACCUCGGUCUGGAAGUAAAUAUUUUUCUGAAACCUUGGACGAAGGUGUCUUUGCUGUCUGGACUGAAGCACGAAAACCUUUGUAAUAAUAAGAAUCCACUGGAUCUGAGUCAAGCUGAAAAUAUUCUAUGACAUUUGCACAUGCAGUGGGGAAACUGUAUGAGUUUUGUGAGAUGAUGAUGUAACCCAUUGUGUACCUUCUGAAGUUCCCUUGCAGACAGCUAUGAUGCUGGGCUAGUGUGUUUCACACGUUCACGCUUCUAGAGACCAGCUCUAUCCUGUUGGAGACUGGUGUAUUUACACAUCAAAGCUGCAAUAGUUACUUUUUAAUUCCUUUCCGGGUGAAGGGAAAGACUAUCCUGAACAGAGUGGCAGCAUGACUCUAUAUUCCAAUGAUUUGGUCCAUCAGAAGAUCUUGCAGCACACAGGUUUCGCUGAAUAUCUCCCCUUUAUCCUGAUGCUGCUCCUCCAGGUCUGGAGGGGCAACUGUCACCCCCAAUGCUUGGAUUACAAACCUCCAUUUGGGCCUCAGCAGCCAUUAGUCUUCUGCAAAGAGUAUAUCAAGUUUGGAUGCUGUGAUUUGCAGAAGGAUGAAGAGAUAUCAAGGAAGUAUGACUCAAUUAUGGAAAAUUUUGACACUUUAGGUUCAGCAAAAUGUGGUGCAUAUAUACGCAGCAUCCUCUGUCAGGAGUGCUCUCCAUAUGCUGCCCACCUAUAUGAUGCUGAGGAUGCUAACACACCAAUGAGGGUUCUGCCAGGACUAUGUGGAGAUUACUGCUCAGACUACUGGCGGGACUGUCGAUACACACUCAGCCUGCUCCUGGAGGAUAAGGGGAACCCACAACAGUUUGCAAACUUGACUGCCGCAAUAGAGGAGGACCGCAGAAGAUUCUGUGACUUUCUGGAAUUCAAGGACAAACAGUAUUGCUACCCAAAUGUUUUAACAGAUGCAGAACUGAAUGCUAACCUCGGAUUAGUACAAGAGGAUUCUAAAGGCUGUCUGGAAGUCUGCCUGCAGGAAGUUGCCAAUGGUCUCCGCAACCCUGUGGCCAUGAUCCAUGCAGACGAUGGAAGCUAUCGCUUCUUUGUUGCAGAGCAGCUGGGUUAUGUGUGGGUGUAUUUGGCUAAUGGCUCCAGAAUCGACCGUCCUUUCCUCAACCUCACCAAGGCUGUGCUCACAUCUCGAUGGACUGGAGAUGAGAGGGGGUUCCUCUGCAUUGCCUUGCAUCCAAGGUUCAACACAGUCAGAAAGGCAUAUGUUUACUACUCAGUGUCUGUCAAGAAGGAAGAGAGAAUAAGAAUCAGCGAGUUUAUACUCUCAGCACAUGAUGAUAACCAGCUAGAUCAUUCCUCUGAGAGAAUGAUCCUGGAAGUGGUGGAGCCAGCUUCUAAUCACAAUGGUGGGCAGCUGCUUUUUGGCCAUGAUGAAUAUCUCUACAUUUUUACUGGAGAUGGCGGACGAGCCGGAGACCCAUUUGGAAAGUUUGGCAAUUCACAGAACAAAUCAGCACUUCUCGGCAAAGUGCUCCGCAUUGACAUUGACAACAGCAAUGAAAGCAUUCCAUACACCAUUCCCUCUGACAAUCCGUUCGUAGGGGAACAGGGAGCAAGGCCUGAGAUUUACGCCUAUGGAGUUCGCAACAUGUGGCGAUGCUCCAUUGACCGCGGUGACCCUGCUACAGGCGCAGGCAGAGGCAGGAUGUUUUGUGGUGAUGUUGGCCAGAAUAAAUAUGAAGAAAUAGACCUCAUUGUUAAAGGAGGAAACUAUGGAUGGAGGGCCAAAGAAGGCUUUAGCUGUUAUGACCGCAAGCUCUGCCAAAACUCAUCUCUGAACGACAUUUUGCCAAUCUUUGACUACCCCCAUAAACUGGGAAAAUCGGUGACAGGCGGAUACGUCUAUAGAGGUUGUGAGAUGCCCAACCUAAAUGGACUUUACAUCUUUGGAGAUUUCAUGAGCGGGCGUCUAAUGUCUUUAAAGGAGAAUGAGGCUACAGGUGAAUGGCAGUAUAAUGAAAUCUGCAUGGGAAGAGACCAGACCUGCAAAUUUCCCAAACUCAUCAACAGUUACUAUAGAUACAUAAUCUCCUUUGCUGAAGACGAAGCAGGAGAACUGUACUUCUUAGCCACAGGAGUCCCAAGUGCCACAGCCAGUUCUGGAGUCAUCUAUAAAAUAGUGGAUCCUUCCAGACGAGCACCACCUGGAAAAUGCAGCAUCAAGCCUCUGCCUGUGAAAAUAAAGGGAAAACUCAUUCAUUUCUACCCCAAAGAGGAGUUUGUAGUCAACAAGAAACCAACCACGACACCUCUUCCCACCACGACCACUCCAAAAUCUACAACUACGAAGAAACAGACAAUACGAAGACCAAUAAUUAUAAGAAAACCUCCGAUGCCAACAAGACAAACAAAAGGGAAAAUAGCUCGACCGCAGCCAACAAAAGCAACAGAACGAAAGACGACACAGUCUGCACCAAUAAAGACUACGUCAACCACAACAGUAAAACCAACAACUGUCCAGAGGGGCGCAACAAUUCCUGUCACAACUCCGUCCACUGGUUAUCGUGCAACCAUCAUGACUGCAGUCCGCUCUAGGAUUUCUCAAACCUCAAUCAACAGCACAACUUCAACAAAAAGAUAUUGGAGACCACCUACAUACCCUGGUAGUUCCACCUCCUCACCUUUAAACCCACCACAAUCCCCUUCUCCAACUACAUUUCAGUCUCUGACAACAACAUGGGCACCUUAUACAAGCCAGACAGCCAACAAGCCCCCAAAAACACCGGUCAGCACCACGUUACCUAAAAUCCAGAAUGAAAAAUUGUGGCCUGGAGCGAAGCCACAAAGUGCUGGAGAGAGCAACCAAGUCAACAAAAGGCUAAAAGGUCGAGGACGUGGUAACAAGAGAGGAAAAGGAGGAAAAGGGCUUCUUUCUGGGUCUGUGCGACUUGUGAGUGCAGACGGUAUGCCAGAUCGAGGCAGGGUGGAGAUCUUCAUCAGAGGAGAGUGGGGAACGGUGUGUGAUGACCUGUUCACGAGGAAGGCAGGUACAGUUGUAUGUCGGCAGCUCGGCUUCACAACUGCGCUGAUGGUGAUGAAGAGGGCCGCGCUGGGCGAGGCCAGCAGCAGGGUUAGGAUCCUGCUGGAUGAUGUGGAGUGUGAAGGUGAGGAAAAAUCCCUGCUGGAAUGCAAGAGGUCAAAGGUGGGAAAACACAACUGUUCUCAUGAGGAGGAUGUAGGGGUGAUCUGCGGUUAGGAAACAUAAAGAAGAAGAGGCUGUCACGCCUAAAGUUUUACUCUCCAUAUUCUGAAAAGUGAUGUGUUGUUUCUCUUUCUGAAAACUAGAAAUGACCUGGUAUGCUUGAUCCGGUUUCCCAAUAGGCAAGUAUUGUUUUCUGUAUCGUCUGGUUUCGUUCUGGACUCCCAAUUUUCUCAAUUACCUCAAAGCCGUGGUUUUAAACUGGGGUUUAUGAGGGCUGGUAUCCUGCAACUUUUGGAUGUGUUCAUUGUCCUACACACUUGAAUUUAAAGGCUAAACUGCCUCACCAGCAUUACAGUCAAUCUUUGCAGAGCUCUUCUAAUGACCUAACAUUGUAACCAGGUGUGCUUAAGCAGAGAGAUAUCUAAACUUGCCAGACGCCAGCCUUUGAGGACUGGAGUUUGAGAUCGCUUGCCUUUGAGCAAUGUUUCUCAACUCCGCUCCUCACGCCCCCCCUGCCUUGGCUGCUUUAGAUGUUCCCUUUUUGCCACGCACCUGGCUUGAAUCUGUGAGAGAUUAUAAGGCCUCUGCAGCGCUUGAUGACUGGAGAAGAGGUCAUCCAACCAUUUGAAUCAGGUUUUCUGGAACAGAGACACAUCUAAAAUAUUCCUGAGGACUGGAAUUGAGCAACACUGCCUUAAAGCUACAGCAACGUAAAGAAAAUAUGUUUUGUAAAUUGGCAGUGACCCAAUGUGCCUCAGGGGGAAAUGUACUUCAUGAUUUUAAUCAACACCAGAAACUACUUUCAAAUAAGAAUGCAGAUGAUUUCAAAGUGAGAUGUGUGAUUAAAAAAAUGUCUAACCCACUAUAGAAAACACAUGUAAAUCUGGAAUCCAGAAACUUGGCAAGUUGUCUUUCUGUCAAAGUAGUUUUCUACUGACUGCUAUGGAUGUUUUUUUUUUCUUUUCUUUUUUUUUUUUUGCUAUUUCUGAGUCAGCAGAACAAAACAAACACACAAAUGUUAAAUUUUCCAGUGUUUAGGAAUUUAUGAUUUCUAUUUUUUUCAUGUUUGUUUACAUGCACAUUUAUUUUUUCUAGUUACCACUGUUUGUCAUAUUUAAGUUUUCUAUUAGCCUCUUCAAAAUCAUGAAAUAAAUGUCAUUUUACUCCAUCAAUCUGCUGUUAACUAAGGUAACAUUUGUCAAAGCAACAACAGAAUUAUAUUCACCGGUGCAGAAUCUGCAACAAUGCCACCAUUUUGAUAAACUCCUUGAUUAAUGAAGAAACCAACCAAACCAGUAUUUCAAAUAGAAAAUGAGACAUAAAUAAAUUGUUUUAUUAUUAAAAACCAAGUCUUUGUGUUGGAAAAUAUGUAUUUUUACAGUUUCAGAAUACUUUGUACACAAGUUGUAAAUUGUUAUAAUAAACAUUCUGAAAUCCUUUG